GUCUGCUUAUAAACAUCAAAAUAUUUUUUUCAUAAAUUUAUUAAAAUGCAAAAGUUUUUCAUAAUUUCAAUAAUUUUAAUAAUUCUACAAUUUCGGACUAGAAUUUGCCAAGAAUCAGGCAUUUUUGAAUUGACAGCGAGCAAUUUUGAUCAAUCUUUGGAUGAUUAUCAAUUUCUUUAUGUUAAAUUCUUCACUGAGCAAUGUCCAUUCAGCAAAAAAGUAGCUCCGAUCUGGCUCAAAGUCGGCGACAAGCUAAAAUCAUCAAGAAUUCAAGUUGCAGAGCUCGAAUGCAUCAAGAACAAAUCAACAUGUGAAAAACAAGGCGUCUUCAGCUAUCCAACAAUCAAAAUGUACAAAAAUGGAAUAGAAUCUGGAACUUUUGAUUCUGAGAAGUUCAAAGUCAAUGUUGAAAAUUUCGUGGAAUUCGCAAUUGAGUUUGUUGAUAAAGAUUCUGGAAAGGAUUUGGUGCCGAAUCAAAAGAGUUUUGGAAAAUUAUUUGACCCAAAUCAUGACGAAUGGUCCUACAAUGACCCUAAGUGGGAGUCAUUAAUUCCUAAUUGGUGGGACCAAAAGAAUUUCAAACCCCCUGUGGGUCCAGCUGAAGAAUCGACACAAGAAUUUUGGAAAUCUAAAGCUCAAAAGACUCUUCAAGACAAGCUCAACUCAAGAAUUAACACAAAUAAGGCCAAGAAUGUGGUCAUAAUGAUCGGUGAUGGGAUGGGAUUCUCCUCAAUUAUGGCAGCUCGUUCAUACCUUAAGGAUGUCAGUGCUGAGCUCUCUUUUGAGAAAUUCCAUCACUCUGGAAUGUCAAAAGUUUAUUGUGUAAAUUAUCAAGUCCCAGACUCAGCAUGUACAGCCACAGCAAUACUGAGAGGUAUCAAGAACAACUACAGUGUCAUUGGACUAACAUCAAAAGUCAAUCUUUACAAUUGCUCAGCAAGUCAUGACGAAGAGGCAAGAAUUCCUUCAAUAUUCAAAUAUGCUCAAGAUGCUGACAAGUCUACAGGAAUUGUGACAACAACUCGAGUCACUCAUUCGACUCCAGCAGCUGUUUAUGCUUAUGCUGCAUCCAGAAAUUGGGAAAGUGAUGAUAAUUUAGUACCUGAUGGUUGUGAUGACAUUGGGAAGCAGCUGAUUCAUGGACCAGUUGGAAGUAAGCUUGAUGUUGUUCUUGGCGGUGGUUUGGGGAACUUAAUGCCUGAAGAGUUGGGUGGGAAACGUCGUGAUGGAAGGAAUUUAGUCGAUGAAUAUAAGAAGCAGCAUAAGAACUCAUCUGUGGUCUACAAUAAGGAUCAGUUGAAGUCAGUCGAUCCAAAAACAACAGAUAAGCUUCUAGGCUUAUUCGCAAAUAGUCACUUAGACUUCAAACUUUUCGCAAACGACGAAACUCAACCAACAUUGACUGAAAUGACUGCAAAGGCAUUGGAUAUCCUCAAGAAAAAUCAAGAAAAUGGAUUCAUGUUGAUGGUUGAAGGCGGAAGGAUCGACAGAGCUCAUCAUGAGAACCAAGCUCAUUUGGCACUUGAGGAAGUUGUGGAAUUCCAUAAAGCUGUUGAAUAUGUCAAGCAGAACACAAAUGAAGAGGAUACUUUGAUUAUUGUCACAGCUGAUCACAGUCAUCCGUUUACAAUUGGUGGAUAUUUGCCACGUGGCAGGAACAUACUAGGUCCUGGUGACUAUUCAAUUGAGGAUAAGAAAUGGAUCUUCUCAGCAAGCUAUGGACAAGGUCAAGGCUACUAUAAUCAUUUUGAUAAGGAAGCAGGAGAGAGGAAGAGUCCAAGAGGGAUGAAAUACAUGGAACCAACAUUCAAGCAGCCAUCAGCUGUGCCAAUGGAUGAAGGUACGCAUUCUGGUGAAGAUGUUGGGGUUUUUGCUAGCGGACCUUAUUCUCAUUCUGUGUCUGGUAUAGUUUCAGCAGCUCCACAAAACCGAGAAGAAUGGACCUUUGAUGAUCCAAGAUGGGACAAUGACAUACCUGACUGGUUUGCUAAAGACUUUAUUCCAGCUAAAGGACCUUCAGAAGAAUUUUCUCAACAUUUUUGGAAAUCCAAAGCCCAAAAGACUCUUCAAGACAAACUCAAUACAAAAGUGAACCUUAAUCAAUCCAAAAAUGUCGUCAUCAUGAUCGGUGAUGGAAUGGGAAUCUCCACAAUUAUGGCAGCUCGUUCAUACCUCAAGGAUGUCAGCACUGAGCUCUCAUUUGAUAAAUUUCCAUACGCUGGUUUAUCAAAGGUUUAUUCUGUAAAUUAUCAAGUUCCAGACUCAGCAUGUACAGCAACAGCAAUCAUGCGUGGUGUAAAGACGAAUUUCGCUGUUGUUGGACUUGCAGCAAGUGUGAGUCAUGCUAAUUGUUCAGCGAGUCUGAAUGAGGAUGCAAAAGUUCCAUCAAUCUUUAAAUAUGCUCAAGAUGCUGGCAAGUCUACAGGAAUUGUGACAACAACAAAAGUUACUCACUCGACACCAGCAGCUGCUUAUGCUAUGUCUCCUUCAUCUUUAUGGGAAUUUGAUAAGUCAAGAAUUCCAGCUGAGUGCGAUGACAUUGGGAAGCAGUUGAUUCAUGGACCAGUUGGAAGUAAGCUUGAUGUUGUUCUUGGCGGUGGUUUGGAGAACUUGAUGCCUGCAAAUUUGGGUGGGAAACGUCGUGAUGGAAGGAAUUUAAUCGAUGAAUAUAAGAAGCAGCAUAAGAACUCAUCUGUGGUCUACAAUAAGGAUCAGUUGAAGUCAGUCGAUCCAAAAACAAUAGAUAAGCUUCUUGGUUUAUUCGCAAAUAGUCACUUAAACUUCAAACUUCUCGCAAACGACGAAACUCAACCAACAUUGACUGAAAUGACUGCAAAGGCAUUGGAUAUCCUUAAGAAAAAUCAAGAAAAUGGAUUCAUGUUGAUGGUUGAAGGUGGAAUGAUUGACAGAGCUCAUCACUUGAAUCAAGUCAGAAAUGCAUUGGAAGAAGUUGUGGAAUUCCACAAAACUGUUGAAUAUGUCAAGCAGAACACAAAUGAAGAGGAUACACUGAUUAUUGUAACUGCUGAUCACAGUCAUCCAUUUACAGUUGGAGCUUAUCCGCCACGUGGAAGAAACAUCCUCGGUCCUGGUCACUAUUCAUUCAUUGACAACAAAUGGGUGCUUUCUACAAGCUAUACAUUCGGACCUGGCUAUUAUGAUCAUGUUGACAAGACAACUGGUGAAAGAAUAAGUCCAAGGGGAAUGAAUUACAUGGAACCAACAUUCAGACCUCCAUCAAUAGCUCCUAUGAAUGAAGGUACGCAUUCUGGUGAAGAUGUUGGGGUUUUUGCUAGUGGACCUUAUUCUCAUGUGAGUAGCUUUGGGAUAUCUUAAGUAAAUACUGAUUUUGACUUUCACAGCUGUUUACUGGAGUUUAUGAGCAGAACUUUAUAGCACAUGGGAUGAUGUAUGCUUCAUGUCUCGGACCAGAUGAUGUGUUGAAGAACCCAAAAUGUGAAAAUGAUGCUGAAAAUGAAAUAAAAUAAUAAAAUGACGUUUUGAGUUAAUCAUUCAGUAAAUAAACAUUUUCCGGAACUCCCCAUCAGAGUUGACAUCAUUAUGCAAUAUUACAUACUUAAAAAGCCAUAAAUCUCGAAUAUAACAGUAAAUUGCUCAGCUUUCUUAUCGCCUUUGUGAAAUGGGUCAUUUGAUUCCAUGCUGUCGUAACUCUAGCUUCGUUAUCAUUUUUACACUUUAUUAAUUAAUCAAUUAUCAUCUAAAUUGAAGAUGAGUUGUCAAGUAAGAAAUUGAAAAAAGCGCUU